AUGAGUUAUGAUAUAGGCCUUACCUCAGUUUGCAUUGAUAGAGCCCAUAACUCGAUUCCAUAACCUGCAAUUUCUCCAACCUCCUUUUGUCUUUCCUACCAGAAACAAAAAUGGCGACUAAUUUCUGGGCAUCCACACACUACAAGGAAUUAUUGGACCAAGAAGAAGUGGAUGUGGUGCAUAACCUCGAUAGGGAGAGGGGAAUUACCCUCGAAGAUUUCAAGCUCAUCAAAUUGCAGAUGACCAACUACAUUGCGAGAUUGGCUCAAAAUGUGAAAGUGAGGCAAAGGGUUGUUGCAACUGCUGUAACAUAUAUGAGACGUGUUUAUACAAGGAAAAGUAUGACUGAAUAUGACCCUCGUUUACUUGCUCCAUCUUGCUUGUACCUGGCAGCAAAAUCUGAAGAAAGCACUGUGCAAGCAAGACUUCUUGUAUUCUACAUAAAAAAAUUCUAUGCAGAUGAAAAGUACCGAUGUGAAAUAAAAGAAAUACUUGAAAUGGAAAUGAAAAUCUUGGAAGCUCUCAACUAUUAUCUUGUUGUCUUCCAUCCUUAUCGUGCAUUAUCUCAGUUGGUUCAAGAUGCUGGGAUGAGUGAUGCAACUCAGUUGACUUGGGGACUUGUGAAUGACACAUAUAAGACAGAUCUAAUUCUGGUGCAUCCACCACAUCUGAUUGGAUUAGCCUGCAUUUAUGUAGCCAGUGUACUCAGGGAAAAAGAGAACACUGCUUGGUUUGAAGAUCUAAGAGUUGACAUGAAUGUGGUGAAGAACAUAGCAAUGGAAAUACUUGAUUUCUAUGAUGCCCAUAAAAUGAUAACUGAUGAUAGAGUGAAUGCUGCAAUGCACAAGCUCACCAUAAGAACUUAAAAAGGUUUCUAUGAAAAUGGGAUGAGCGCAUGACCAUAAUAGUGCUCCCUUAUUCAUGAACAUGAAUCAUGGCUCAAAUGUUGUAAGCCACCGUUGAUUUUGUUGGACUAUUUAAGAGAUAUACACUAAGUUGAGGUUCAAAGCGAAAGCUACCUUAAUGUAUGCAUAAUGCUGAUAAAGUCUAAGUGGGGGAUUGUUGGAGUAUUUUCUUUAAACUAACAAACCAAGUCCUACAUAGGUGGGGGACGAAACUUUUUGGAAGGGUUUACAACUUGAA